AUGACUUUUGAGAUGGACGACCACCAUCCGCCACGUCUUGAACUUAUGGCUCCUUUUUGCCGCGCUGUGCAUGAAUACUUAGCUGCAGACGACCAGAAUGUUGUUGUUGUACAUUGCAAAGCGGGUAAAGGACGGACGGGUGUCAUGAUUUGUGCUUAUCUCGUGUACAUAAACUUCUAUUGUUCACCGAGGCAGAUUAUGGAUUAUUACAGUAUUGUGCGAACAGUGAAUAAUAAGGGUGUGACCAUUCCAUCUCAGCGACGCUACGUGUAUUAUUUUUCGCAUUUGAGGAAGCGCAAUCUCAAUUAUCUGCCACUUCGUUGUGAACUCGUCGGCGUGUAUUUUGAGCGGCCACCGAGACUCAGUCGUUCUGGGAAGAGAAAGUUGAUUGAACGAAGCAAAAUGCUCCCAUUUGGCAUUCGUACCGAAGCUGUUUGGUAUUCAUUUUCUGGCCCUGGUUGCAAGCCAACCGUUGCCCCGAUUUUUCGCGCUUUGUUUGAUAAACCAUCUUCUUGA